UACGUCAUCAGGGUGCGCGCAGGUUUCAGAAAGGAGGUGGCAGAUGCCUCUUCAAAACAACAGACAACUACCGUCUACUUACAACCUAUUUUACAUCUCAUACUGCUGAAGAGCAGCUGUUGGGAUGCCAAAGAAGUUCCAGGGUGAGAACUCCAAGGCGGCCACAGCUAAAGCCCGCAAGGCUGAGGCCAAGGCAGUGGCAGACGCCGACAAGAAGAAGCAGGAAGAGGAUGCUUUGUGGCAGGAGACAGACAAACUUGUUCUGAAAAAAGGGCAGAGAAAGGAUGACAAGGAGAAGAAGAGGCUCGAGCUCCUGGAGAGGAAAAAGGAAAACCAACGUCUUCUCGAUGAGGAAACCUCCACCAUAAAAGGCAAAGCCCUGAGGGAGGCAAGCGAAAGAGUAACUCGUGCCGAGAUUGAGGAGGUGCUUCAGAACGAGCUACAGCAACUGAAGGAGCAAGAGCUCAAGCCAAAAGAAAAGAGCCACCUGGAUACUCCACUGGAAGAGAAUGUGAACAGGAUUAUCCCAGAGGAAGGAACCGUGGAAGCCCGAUCAAUAGAAGAUGCCAUCGCUGUGCUCAGGUACCAUUUGUACUGUGUGGGACAUCAUUUUGUUACUAACGCAGCAUCCACACGGCGGCGUGCGUUGAAGCUUGCCGGUGGGCGUGUCUGAAACCCGAC